AAAGGUGGAGCUGUGUCCCUGUCACAAGGCCAAGUGGAUAUGAAGCACUCCCUGCUUCUGCCCUUUCUCCUGCUGGGGACAGUUGCUGCUCUCCAUCUGGGGAAACAUGCCCCCCAUCUGGACAGCCAGGAGACACAAGCAGACCUGAGCCAAGAUCUGGAAGGUUCAGGGGAGCAAGAGGGAGAGUCAUUCUUGCCUGAGGAGGAGAUUCAAUCCGAAGAAGAGCAGAUGGAGGAGUCCCUCUGUCAAAAUGCCCUUGAGGAUGAGAAGAUCAUGGAGUCGGACCCAAGUGCCCUAGACAAGAACUUUCAGUGCCCUAGGGCAGAGGACACGGUUGAAGUUCUGGGCAGCCCUGGGUGCAAGACCUGCCGCUACGUGUUGGUGAACAGCCCCAGAGUGUUUUGGUCCGCUAACAUAGUCUGCAGGUGGUGCUACAGAGGCAACCUCGUCUCCAUCCACAACGCCCAUAUCAACAGUCAACUCCAGGUCUUGGCUAGUAGAAUCAAUCGGCCCCAGGUCUGGACCGGAGGCUUCCUCGGGCGCUGUGGCCGGAAAUUACGCUGGACUGAUGGGAGCUGCAUAAAUUUUAAAAACUGGGCCCGAGGGCACCCUUGGGCUGGGCGCGGCAGAUGUGUGACCCUAUGCACCAGAGGGGGUAAAUGGCGACGACGACCAUGCAGAAAGCGUCUGCCCUUCAUCUGCUCCGCCUGA